UUCAACUCAUCGCGGUCUCCUCUCACUUGAGGUACCGAAACCUCGUGACUGAAGCUGGCCAAGCUGGGAGUCGAGGUUGGCCUAAGACGAAUGGCACUGCCCCGCAUUCAGCUGCGGCGCCUUUGCGGCUUCGGGCAACGACACCUGAGGUUUCUUCGUCACAGCACAUCGACUCACGCUCACAGAUUUCAAGUCUGCAAUCGGCUUACACACAGCGCUGCCCGGUCCCCAAUCUCAGAAGGUGUGUUGAGCCACGAGCAUCAGCAGCAGAACAGGAGUGUUGGCCAGCAACUACGUGAAGAGUGGGCCAGAUACAAUGCCUUCCCAAGGGCGUCCGCCGCUGAGGACUUCACCGAGGGCCAGACUGUCACAGUUCACGGAUUUCUUGCCAGAAAACGAGUAAAGCACGCAAAGCUCGUGUUCGCAGACGUACAAAUCGACAAUGGCCCUGCCGUCCAGAUCACCUCGAGUUUCCAAACGCCCGGCGGUCCAGGGCACGAUGCAAACCAGGCUCUCAGGGGCAUCCCGUUGUACAGCCCAGUGGCCGUUACGGGCAGAGUUGCUCAGAUUCACAACAACUUGCUGUCGAGAGACGCCGUGUCUUCAACGGACACGGUGCAUAGCCAGAGAGAGCUGUCAGCACCAUUGUCAAGACCCGGGAGUUUUCCCAACAAUGUAUCCCGUGUCGACCUCGACCUCGAGAGCAUCCAGCCCCUCAACGUCUUCCCAAAAGAUAUCAUUGUUUCCAAAGGCGUCCAGUUCCCUCCCUCGGCCCGGCACCUGCAGAUUCGCUUCUCAGAUCCUCUCCGGUCCCGUCUGCUCAUCCGCCCGCAAAUCGCUUUCCAGCUGAGGAAAUCCCUCAAUAAUCUCGCCUUCACUGAAGUCGAGACUCCCGUCCUGUUCAAAUCUACCCCCGAAGGCGCACGAGAAUUCUUGGUUCCUACGAGACGCCAGGGCCUCGCAUACGCCUUGCCGCAGAGCCCUCAGCAAUACAAGCAGAUGCUCAUGGCCAGCGGGAUCCGGGGAUACUACCAGUUCGCUCGCUGUUUCCGGGACGAAGAUUUGCGGGCGGAUCGACAGCCCGAGUUCACACAGCUAGACUUGGAGAUGUCAUUUGCCACGGGCGAGGAUGUCAUGCGGACAGUUGAGGUCAUCAUCUCGGACUUGACACGUUUGCUGAAUUCCGAUUACUCUGUCGCCCAGAACGGUGAAGAUAUCUAUCUGGCGCCCAACAAGAGCUCGAUAGCGGAAACACAACAAGGAAUGAUUCCACGUUAUCGUACAGCACCUUUCCCCCGCAUAUCAUACAAAGAGGCUAUGACCAGAUUCGGUAUUGACAAGCCGGAUCUGCGGAUUCCAUUCGAGAUCCGCCGUGUUGACCACGUUCUAUCCCGGUCAUUCGUGUCGAUGAUCACUCAUCUCGACAAUCCUGUUGUGGAAGCCUUCAAAUUCCGCCCAAAACCGGUUGAAGAAGAGAAACAGCCUCUUGCAUUGAAUCUGGUUGACGAGCUGAUGAGAGCGCUUCCCCCCGCUCUCGCCCAGAACCCAGACGGUGCGCCAGUCGCACUCGUGGUCGACUCGUCGAAGCCACUCCGCAGCCUUUCCCCUCUUGGAUUUGAGGGGGCCGGCGCCUUGCAGAGCGGUGGGGCUGGCCUCGAAGAUUUCGCCGACCUGGAAGAUGGCGAUGUGCUUGUUUUCCAGGCGCGCGAGAACAAGCCAUUCCAAGGGGGUUCGACAGCAUUGGGCACGUUCAGAACUCUUGUAUAUCAGUCAGCCGUGUCCAAGGGUUUGCUGCCCCGUGACCUGAGUUUCCACUUCCUCUGGGUCACCAACUUCCCCAUGUUCACGCCCGACAAUGAGGCGGAUCCCGGCCAGGGCGGAACCGCAGGGUUUUCGGCGACUCAUCACCCAUUUACCGCGCCGCUGACGGAUGACGACGUGGAGCUUCUUGCGACAGAUCCCCUGAAGGCUAGGGCCGACCACUAUGACUUAGUUGUCAACGGCGUUGAGCUGGGCGGGGGUAGCCGGCGUAUCCACGUGGCUAGGAUGCAAGAGUACAUUAUGCGGGACAUCCUCAAGAUGACGGAUGAAGGGGUGGCUCAAUUCUCCCACCUCCUCGAGGCGCUCCGUGCUGGCUGCCCGCCUCAUGCUGGCUUUGCCCUGGGAUUUGACCGCCUUGUCGCCGUCCUCACGUAUACCGAUUCGGUCCGCGACGUCAUUGCCUUCCCCAAGUCGAUGAAGGGCGAGGACCUCACCGUCAAGAGCCCCGGGCGUAUCACCAAGGAGCAGCUGGAGACAUAUCACCUUGCUUUUCCUGGCAAGAAAUAAUUGGUUGCUCUGGGCAUCCUCACCUUGAAUUAUUACUUGUACAGCUUCCGAAUGUAUAUUACCACUGAUGGUUUACACUAGAUCACAAAUGGGAUAGAAGGCAGGUCCUUGCAGUGAACAAUACCAUGUUUUCUCCUAUGUUCAUCUUCCUAGUACAUCACACUCCCUCACUACUCACCCAACAAACACGGUUACUCUUAUCAAAGUUCAAGACACUUCCUCAUCCCUUCCGUCUCGGACAAACCCAUUCAUAAACAUAGAAGAUAACGAAAAGGGGCACAAAAUCCCAUUACAGUAUCGCCAAAGCAACGACCAUCGCAACAAGACAGGUGGCCGCAA